AUGGAGCGCCUCUGUCCUGCCCCGGAGAGGAGAGGAGAGGGUGACAAAUUAGCCAGCGAGCAGCAGCGCAGCUCAUGGGCUGUGGACACCAGAUACCCGGCAUGCCGCUACCAGGUGGUGGGCGGGAUCAUCUCCCCGGUGAGUGAUGCGUACGGUAAGCAGGGCCUCGUGGCUGCCAAGCACCGCGUUGCCAUGGCGAAGAUCGCCCUGCGGACCUCCGACUGGGUGGCGGUGGACGAGUGGGAGAGCCGGCAGCCAGACUGGAACGAGACCGUCGCCACCAUGAGGUAUCACUAUGGGCGUGUUGUGGAGCGGUACCAGUCCCAGGUGGAUCCCCAUGGCAACCAGCCUGUGGAGGCAGCUCCAUCUCCUCAGCUGAAGCUGCUGUGUGGUGCUGACUUCCUGGACUCCUUCAGUGUUCCGGGUCUGUGGCGUGACGUGGACGUGGAGGAGGUGGCGGGCCGCUUCGGGCUGGUGUGUGUGAGUCGCGGGGCUCAGCAACCCGACCGCGCCGUGCACGAGUCCGACCUGCUGUCGCGUCACCGGGGCAACGUGCACCUGGUGCGCGAGUGGGUCCGCAACGAGACGAGCGCCACGGAGGUGCGACGGGCGCUGCGGCGCGGCCUGAGCGUGAAGUACCUGCUGCCCGAUGAUGUCAUCGACUACAUACAGCAGCACGGGCUCUACACACACCACAGCGAGCAGCGCAACAGGGGCGCCACGCUGCGCCCAAUCAGCAAGCAGGGCCUCCUCGACUGACCAAUCAGCAACCAGGGGCUCCUUGACAGACUUUUCCACACACACACACACACACACAGAACCAAUGGACAACAAAGAUAUACACAUGUAAACAAACAAACAAUCGCUGGAUGCUGAGCAACAACGAACCUGAGGAGUCGGGAAGGUCCAAACUUUGGAGGGUGGCGGUGAGGGGCUCGUCCACCUGACCACUGGAGUACAGAGCAACCCCCCCCCACCACACCAUUUUCAUGUUCCAGUCACAUAGCCGUGUGGACCGUAGACCUUCAUCACACACACACAGACACACACACACACACAUACACAAAGACACACAUACACAGACACACUGUCCGUACAGUGGAGUGGAGUGCAGGCCCUUCAUCAGUAUGUUCAGCACACGUCAUGGUCAUGGGGGCUGUGGGGCAGCAGGCUGGCUAGGAGCUCAUCUGCAUGGACAUGCCCACCACACACACACAC